CAUUCUACUGCAAUUCGUCCUAAGGUGAACAUCCGAGGUUAAUAGCUGCAGCGUGUGUGACAUUGAAGUGAAAGCUUGUGUUUUCUUCCUGAACACCUUUUAAUGUUAUAAUCAUCAUUAAGAAUAAUAAUAUAAUAAACCAAAUCAGAAGUUUUUAUCAAACUACAAUUUCAAAAGGAGUCAAUACAGUGGAAAGUACUUUAGCUGCUAUUUACCAGUAUCGAUCCGGCAAACAGUUUUCCGUGAAUAAGCUAUAGUUUACAGCGGCGCCUACUAUACUUCAACAAAAACGUUAAAAGUUAAGAGUCACCGUCACCGUCGCCGAGAUGGCGUUCAUGAUGCCUGUAGUCAAGAACGAUUGGGACAUUUACAACUCGCAGCGAUCGCGACGGACUUCGGAGUCUGCGGACAAGGCGGGGAUCGGAGGUCGGGUGCGGAAAGUGUCAGAAUCAAGAUCGGAGGGGCCCGUUCUAUCACCGCGAACAGCCGCCGCGCUCAGCCCACACCGGAGCGCCCCUGCGAUGCGCUCGCUAUCUUACUGUCGGGUACCACCGUCACGGGCGUCGUUACGAGUGCACGAAAGCCGAAAGGACUCGGGUAGCCCGUCCAGCGGAGCGCGGGACAGCGACAAGUUUCACAGCAGGGCGUGCGCCGGCUCCCCCGAGCGACACUCGCGCUGCGGCGCCUGCAUGCCCUACCUGUGACGAGGCCGGCCCCGGGGGCUCGCGCUCGCGCCCUCGCCGACACACCAUCUGUGAUAUGUACGCGGUAGAGCAUACCAAACUGAGUUUACUAUUCUCUGCUCUACAUUUUAACUUCAAGAUGUAUACCUGCGUUAAACUUUUACAAUAUAGUUAUUUAAUACUUAUAUGUUAGAUAUAAUAUUAAUAUUAGCUACCUAUUGAACAUGGGCUCGUCCCGAUUACUGUAUUACGUAUGGUAAAGUAUUUUUUUUUUGUUAAAUAAUGCAUGAUUUUAUGUGAUAUUAAAAUGACUGUGUAAAUGGACCAUAUUAAAUUUUAAAUAUUCAGUGAAACUGAACACAAAUGACUUAUAGUGAUUGUAUUUUAAACUUUUAGCCAUUAAUAAGCAAAUAUCAUACCUACUUACUUAGAUUUCUUUGCAUAUAAAAUUAAGUUCCUUUUUUAUAAUAAAAGAACUGCCGUAUUUAUUUAAGUUACUGAGUUUUCGUCUAAAUAAUGUAAUCGUUAAAUACAGUGUUUGAAUGUACAUAUUUGCAUGUAAUCUGCAUUGUCUGAUCUGAUGGUUUUUUUAAAAUAUAUUGCUUAUCCUAAUAA